UCCCCCACCCCGCCAUUCGCUCCGAGUGCGCGCCGGCCCGAGCCGGAGAUCCUCGCCCCGCGCCGUCGAUGGAGGAGCCGCCCGGCGAGCGGCCUUGCGAGCAGCAGCGCGAGCGGCGGCAGCAGCAGCAGGAGGAGCAGCACGAGCGGCGGCAACAGCAGCAGCAGCAGCAACAGCAGCAGCGCCGCCGCCGCCGCCAUGGCGAGGAAAAGAGGAGCCCGGGAGGCGCGAGGAAAGCGCUGAAAAACGACCAGGACACCGAAACACAGACGAAGAAAACAGGCAAUGGAAGAGUAAAUGGUAACACUACAGAGAGAAAGAAGAUUCUUCCUGACUUUGACUCAGUCAGCAUCCCUUAUUCCAUUAACGGUCAUGGCUGCAGACAGCUAGACGCAACCUCCAGAUUGAAGCAGAGUGGGAAGGUUCCUGCCGGUCUUUCAAAGGAGGGUUGCAAAAGCAGUUGCAGUAAUAAAAACAGUAUGGACAUCAAGAAUGACAAGUCCUUCGAUUUCAAAAGUCAUGAGGGCAAGAAGGAGCUUGUGGCCCUCCUGAAUGGUGUUGUGGCUCCAAGUGGGCGCCUUACAAAUGGUUACCCCAGCAAGUCAGCUGCAGACAACGAUGGCAGUGGUUCAGAGAGUGGCUGCGGCACCCCUAAGAAACGUAGGCCCCAGCGCGCUGGCUCUAAGUGUGCAGAUAAUGUCCCACAAGACAAGGCUACACGGCAGGGCCUUGCAGAACUUCCCAAGCGGGAGCCGGAACUAGUAGAGAGAACAGUUGGCUCUCAGGCUAACUGUGCCAGGGCACCUUCAAGAGCCGAGGCACCUGCCUUAACGCGGGCCAAGCCAGCCCUGGGCUCGGCUUCCAGCAGCCCCCAAACAGGAGAGUUGGCACGCAAGAACUCGGAUGGUAAGGCUGCUGGGACCACAGGGAAGAAGUAUGAGGACCGGCCUGGUAAAGCCAAGAUCUCGGCCUCAGUGACCGCGAAGGAUGAUUCAUGGACUUUAUUUAAGCCCCCACCCGUCUUUCCUGUGGACAAUAGCAGCGCUAAGAUUGUGCCCAAGAUCAGUUAUGCAAGUAAAGUCAAGGAGAACCUUAAUAAAGUGUCCCAGGUGAGCGUGGAUGCCCCCAAUCCCCCAGCAUGUGGCACAGCGUCGCAGGUUCCCCUGUCUGCUGUGAAAACCAUCACCUCUUCUAGCUUUUCCAAUGGCCCUGUGUCUGGAGAAGAAAACGGUGGGCCCCUCUACACUGCUGCUUGUACUCUGCCGCUGGCCUCCUCUGUCCUGGGUGGUGAGAAUGUAGCAUCGUGUCCUGAAAGCGCUGCUAGCAUAGCAGCUGUCCCCUCUGCCAGUGUUGGGAGCGAGCAGAGAAAGCCCAACCUUUUUGUUUACCCCCUAGGCACUUCAAAUAUGCAACCUCCACUCCCCAGUGGCUGUCAGGCAGACCCUCCCCUCAGUGCUCCAAGCAAUCAGAAAGCUUUGGGUGACAUCUUCCAGAACCAGUGGGGGCUGUCGUUCAUCAACGAGCCCAGUGCUGGGCCCGAGGGGGCCAUAGGGCAGCUGGCAGUGAGUGGCCAUGUGACCGAGGUGAACUUCCAGAGUGGUUACUCUGCAGCCCCUGUCCCUCAAGCCCCUGCUGCCCUGCCUCACGGACCAGCGCAUCCGCCCCUGCCAAAGGCCUAUGACCCAGACAUGCGGACUAGUCACCAAACCCUUAGUGUAUUAAAAACAUGCCCACCCUCGGCCUUAGCCUGCGAGGGCUGGACACAGACUCAACCUCUUGAUCUGGAUGCGCAGGAAGCCACAGCUGCGUCUCUAGGUGCAAUAGUGUUCAAUUCAUUCAAGGACCCCGGCCACGAGGCCUCUCAGGCCAACCCAGCUAGUGCCGUAGUGGCUCUGCCCAAAGAAGCAGGCCAUCCCAGGGGCCUCGACAGGAGAUCUGAUUGGGGUCCCUUCGAUCUCAGAGCUGCUGUAAUUUAUCACACUAAAGAAAUGGAAUAUGUUUUAAAUUUGCAAAAACAAGAUCCAAAAAGAGUUGUCCUUUAUGACAAUAGUCAAGAUGGACCUGAUCAGUGAGGCUGGGCGUGCUAACCUGCCUUUCUCCUGAGUGCUGUGGGGACAUGUAGCUUGUUGGGUUGCCUCGACUUGUGUGACAAAAUCAGUAGAUAUAAAAUUAACAAAUUAAUCAGAGACCUCACUCAUGUGGAGGAACUGAAGGAAUGUCCAAUGGUGGAUACACUCAUAAUUUGAGAAUCAAAUCUGAGGGAAGAAGAGAGCAAAGCAGCAAGGAAAAAUGCAGAGGAACCCAGGGGACGGAGGAUGUUCUGGCCGAGCUUGGUUCCAGCUGAUUGUGGGAACUGCUGAAAGGAGUUUGGCCACCGAAAACUGAGCCCUUUUACGGGUUCCAUUUAUCUACUGGCACAGAACUGCAGUACCGAGGCUUGAAGGCUGCCUAACCCACACCACAGACAUGCACAACACCUCAUGCAAUGACAGACCGGGCUCUCAGUACUAUUUACUAAGGGACAGGGGGUGCUGUUGGUAUUGAACAGUGGGGCACUCGUCCUACUUUCCGAGCCCUUACGUGAGAGGAGAAAGUUAUUCAUAAUGAGAUUGCGCUAUUAACUAAACUUCAUUAUGAAUUCAGGUUAAUUGUUAUAUGCAUAUUCAAGUUUUGUGUAUACUAAUUUGAAUUCAUAAUGGAAAAAAAAUAUAUAAAUUGACAUUUUGAAAGGUUGCCUUGAAGUUUAAAAAAAAAAAAAAAAAAAGGAUAAAAAUGGCAGGAAAAACUAUCCUGUCUUGCUGCAGGUAAAAUAAAAACAGAUCUAGAUACUGUAGAUGGGACAGAUGUCAGGCCUUGGGGAAAACGUUGUCUUAACUUUAUUUUUGGAGUAAAGAUCGCUCCAUACAGUAUUGACUUUGACAGAGUGCGGUUGGCGACGCUUUUUGUUUUUGUUUUGUUUGACUAGAGACUAAACACAGAAACAGGAUCACAGACAGCGGAGUGGGAAGCAGCCAGUCGGACAAGGAAUCAGUCACGUGACAGCACAUGCUCCUCUCUGUCUUCUGUUCAACAUUUCACAUAACGGGGUCAUUAGUGGUAUUAUUAGUGUCUUCAGAUUUUUCCUUUUAUGUAUUUGUUGGUUUAUUCAUUUAAGCCAUUGCAAAUUUCACCCCAGAUAUAGAUUUCACUAAUUGAAAUGGGAGAUUGUGUAGAGAUUUUUUUUUUUUUUUAAGGAAUGGUGGAGGUCUGGUGGGAAACCUCAAAAGGGAGACGGGUAGUAUUGAUGCUUUUACUUUCAUAUAUCAUUUUUGAGCUUAAAUAGGCUGGGAGCUGAUAGAUUUGAAUCAGAAGUGAUAUCUUUUUUUAAUUACAUUAGCAUGUCUUUAUGGAGGUGGUUGCAGUGUCCCUGUUUAAAUUGGCCUGAUGCAGUAAUGUAUUAUUUCUUGACAAAUUUAGGCAUUGUCUCCCUGAUCCUUAAUUUGUUUUCAUGUUGAUCUGCAAUGUUUUGCACAUGGUUGUCUAAGACUGGUGCAAAUCUAAUAUAGGAAGCGCUAAUUCAAAUCACUCAAGUCUCCCAUCAGCAGGUUUCAUGACCACUGGAGCUAAAUGUAGCAGGAAGCCACAAAUAUACUAUUUUGUUUUUUUUAAAGCUGUACGUAGGCAGUUAUGCCAUAUGCAGGCCUGCAAGGCUUUAUCAUGUUCCGAAAGUCAACAUUUGUGUAGAAAAUGACAUUCACCUGGUUCAUCAGAUGGAGUAACUAAGUGAUUGAUUCACCCACUUCCCAGUACACUUUUAAUUUUUACAUGCAAAAACUAGGUGAAAAUAUUAAAGCUGUUUAAGUGAUUUAAAGUAUUGAGCAUGGUUGUCUUCCCAAUGUUUAGGGGUCUGUUUGCUGUCCCUGACGUGCAGCUAAAUGAAAUGAAUUGUAUCUGCAUCUCUUAAAGUUGAUUUUAGAAUUAUUUAAAAUUAAAAAUUUAAUGUUUCUCUUCCCCAUCGUAACUUAUUUGGUUUUAACAAAUUAGCACUUUAUGUAAACUAAUUUCUUUGAAAAAGCUAUAUAUGAAUCUGAAAAGUAGAUAAAAUACUAAUCCUGGCUAAGAAUGGCUUUUUGGCUGUUUGUUUUUCUAAAUAAAGCAAAAUACACAAAAAGACACUCAGGUAGAAUUAGGAAAGCCAUUAUUUCACAAAAUGUAGGAACAUAAAUUAUUGCCAAAUAUCAUCUAAAGGCUGGUUCUUUAUUCUUGAUUUUGGUCGUUUUUUUUUGUAAGUCAGUUGAACAGUUUGUGCAUAGUCUUUAAACGGAUACCAAAUUAUUUGGGAGUUAAACAUCUAAUUUUUGUCUUGUCUGUCCCUGCACAGUAUGAUUCAUAUUGUGAGAUGGACUAAUGUUUUUAAAUGUGCUACUUGUAACAUUAGUGCAGAGUGUCCUUGAUAUCCAGAGAAACGGCACACGCUACUGUUUGCACCCGUCUCCAUGCUGAACCUUUACGUUUCCUCAUACGCUUUAUUCUGUUAUAUUCCUUCCAGCCUUUUGCUGUUCCAAAUUUAAACUUGCACGUGGCCCAAAGAGGUUGAGGGAAGGCCACACCCCUUCACUCUUGUGUGUCUUAAGUGUGUGAAUGUGUGAGAGAUCUCAGUUGCACACUGCCUUUUUGGCUCUAAUGCAGUGUUAAAAACUAGGGUGGAAAAUUGAUUCCUGAAAUUAGCAGUUUUACUCUGGCAUUUCUUACCAUAUUUUUUCCAUGUAGUUCCUGGGAGAGUUCAGUCUCUGGUGAUUCACUGUCUUAACAGUUGACAACUCUCAUACUGCUGCUCAAGAUCAAUUUUAAAUAUUUUAAUGUGUUUUUUUU